GUAUAAGGCUCGCAUGAGUAAGGCAGCCUUUUAAGUGAGAAUAACUACAUAAAGAAUUUCUCUGUUUCUGGAUCUCACUCCAAUUCGAUUUGGGGGAAUUGACGCCAGUUUAAUUAUUAAUUGGCUUUCAAGGUGUUUGUCAAAAUGGCUAGGAGAAUAUUGAAUGAAGCAAUGUGUAAAAUGGUGAAUGGGCAGAGGAGAAUUGGAGCUACAGUCACUUUGCAACCUGUAUCUGGUCUAAUGUCAUCAUUUUUCAACCGAGGAAGAUCUUUCGUUUCUACUCCAAUUGACGUUUUGGAUCAGGAGGAAGCCAUAGAACCAGGAUUGUUGGCAGGGAAGGAUGGACAUUCAGGGUUGCCCAAUAAAAAGAAAUCGGCCUCGUCGUCCAAGUGCUCGGAAAUUCUUAGCUAUAUGGGAGGUUUGGAUGGUGACCAGAACCAAUUGAUCAAGAAGUUGGUUAACUUUAGGAUGAAAGAGGGUCAAAGAACAAAAUCUCGUGCUGUUCUUUAUCAAACUUUCCGUCGCCUAGCUCGAACGGAACGCGAUGCAAUCAAACUGCUGGUUGACGCCGUAGAGAAUGUCAAGCCUAUAUGCGAAGUCAAGAAAGUUGGGGUAGCAGGUAGUCUUUAUGAUGUCCCAGGGAUUGUAUCUAGGGAUCGUCAGCAAACUUUAGCCAUUCGCUGGAUUCUUGGAGAAGCAGGUUCCAAGAAAGGAAGCAAGAAGGCUAGCACCGAGGAAUCUCUUUCUGCUGAGAUACUGAAUGCUUACCGAAAGAGGGGAGGUGCACGUAAGAAAAGGGAGACACUUCAUGGACUUGCUUCAAGCCACCGAGGUUUCGCACAUUUCAGAUGGUGGUAAAACAUCAAAUUCCCCAGUUUUUCGUUGGUCGUUUUUGUGAGUUUUGUUCUUCAACUGUUCAAUCUAGUUUUCGUGAGUGCUUCAAUUAGUGUUCCAUUGACGUGAGGAUGAUCACUGUGAGUUCAACAAUAAAACUGCAGCGCUUGAUCUUUUGAACUCUGUGCUUUCCUUUUCCCAUUUGAGGUAAAAAUGGGUUUUACAUUUAUAUUGGUUUUGUAUAACUCCUAAUAUUCAACUGCUUUUCUUGUAGUUCUGUUUUUCUA